AUGGAAAAGAGCAAACUGCAAAAAGCUGAAGGCCCGACUUUGAUUUCGCCCAGAAGCUUACAGACCUCAUCUUGUUCUUGUAAACGCCUUGAAAAUGGAGAAUUUGGUAGAAAUCUGGUCGUAUGUGUCGAUGGAACGGCCAAUAAAUUUGGCAUGCAGAAUACAAAUGUGGUGGAACUUUACAGCCGGCUUGUGAAAGAUGACACCCAACUCACCUACUACAACAGUGGGAUAGGGACCCACGCUGGCAAAGCAAAGCCCUCGUUCCUAACACAAGCUUUCGAAAUGGCUAUUGGAAGGAAUAUCGAGAACAAUGUGCUCGACGCAUAUGAAUGGCUUUCAGAGAAUUAUAAAGCAGGAGAUAGGAUCUAUCUAUUCGGAUUUUCUCGCGGCGCUUACCAAGUUCGAAUCAUUGCAGGAAUGAUUGAAAAGGUCGGGCUUCUCCACAAAGGCAACAAACAACAAAUCCCUUUUGCUUACGAUCUUUACAUCAAACUCAAAGCAAAUCAAAAACGACAAGAGCCUGCUGCUACAACAGGGACCGAAGGAUCCGGCACAAACCAAGUCUUUCAUCGGAUGGCCACUUCACUUUCUAACUCUGUUCCUCGGGCGGUAGCUACAGCAACUAGACAUAAACCCACCAAAACAUUACGUGCCAUCGAGGACUCAGAGACUGUAUGCCGGUCCUUUAAAAGGACGUUAUCGCAUACCGGGGUCAAAGUUCAUUUUGUUGGCUGCUGGGACACAGUGUCUUCGGUUGGUGUCGUACGCAGGGAAAGUUUACCGGAAACAACGACCGGAAUGGCGCAUGUCUGCGUAUUUCGGCAUGCUUUGGCUCUUGACGAGUUGAGAGUCAAAUUUCUACCCGAGUACGUUAACGGCGGCGAGGGUCCUCAGCACGGACAUACAUCAGUGGAAGCGCCUAUUUCGAAGCAUGAAAAUGGGACCAAACCCGAUGUCGCUGCCGAACCUGAGCACAAACCCAAAACAACGAGGGGAAAUGUAAAGGAAGUGUGGUUCGCAGGAUGUCAUUCUGACGUUGGAGGUGGGAACAUUGAAAAUUUAGACGCCAACAAAUUUGGCCCUGCUCUUCGAUGGAUGACCUAUGAAAGUAUUACCUGGGGUCUUCGCACGACACCAUUUGAUCAAUCGUGGCAACCACUGUAUCCUCAGUCCUCCAUGACUGGGUUGUGGAAAAUUGCCGAGUAUAUUCCAUUUAAGCGCCUUUCGUAUACUGGUCCGAAUGAUGUGACAAGAAGUCUUCACAAACAAGCGCCGCGGCGCAUCAUGCCUGGCCAGUUGAUUCACGAAUCAGUACGCGAUUCAUAUACCGGUUCAAUGAACAAACCCUUGGCAUGUUUUCGAAAUGGGUCUGGUCGAAGCUGGGACCACUGGGACGGUUUACACAAUAUCAUUGAGAAUGAUCCAUACAUCCAACCCAGCACUGUUCUUGAUCGAAUUCAAAAGACAACUGCUGGGCAUCAAAUAACGUCUGACACAAGGGAGCAACUCGGACUAGAGGCGGAUUACGAUGUUCUGUAUACCGCAUCAUUGCAAGACAUUGGACUACGCGUCAUUCGUGAACGACAAGAUGCGGAAACCAUUCUAGCCUCAGCCUUGGUUCACGAGAUCGGGACCUUUGACAGAACAUCUGAACGAAUCCCUAAACAUAUUUCAACCAUCGCAAAAACCUUGGACAGAUGCUUUAGUUUAUUCCCAAGAAAGCCAAUAGAAGUAGCUGCCGACGCUCAAGCAGUCUUUGAGAAGUUGUUCGAAAACAAUCCUGAUGCAUGUCUCAAAUUUUUAUACCACUUUGCUAACUCGGAAAGACGUCAAAAUAUCGCAAACGCCGAGAUCAAGAGGCACAUGGAGGCUUUGCAGAGAUCUGCUGAGUCAAGCUUUUCGAGUGGCCGUAUCCAUUCCAUCAAGGCGCUAGCACUAGCGUUCCUCAACUUGUUGAUGGCAACACCAUCGGACGAUGGAACGUCGUACUCAUACCCUGGAUGGAUGGAUGGGACCUACAUCAAAUUGAUUUCAUUUCAUGAAUUAUCUAAUGAGCACAGGGUCAAUGUUCUUCUUGAACUCCUAAGCCUUUUCGUUGCAGGUAUGCGAGACAAACAACGAGGACACCUAGAAAUACGGCUUGCACUGUUGAAAGAAAUCGACCGAUAUACAUAUCCAAUUGAUGAUGGGCCCUCAAUGAACAUACCAGAAGACGCCCCUCGUUACCUGGAAUUACUGUAUGAUCAUGCAUAUGAGCUGCAAACAAGGUUUUCCAACAGAGGGGGAAAUAUGGACGAUCUAAACCAAGCCAUCUCAUUCUACAAGCACUACGACUACCUUGAACGACACCCGGAGGAUUUCGUUUUACAUAACUUUGCCUGUGCACUCUCAGCUCGCUUUCAAAAUGCAGGCAAACAAUCCGACAUCGAGGAAUCCAUUGCUUUGCACAGGCGAGCUCUGGAGCUUCGUCCUCCGCCUCAUCCCAUUCACCCUUUUUUGCUAAGCAACCUGGCCAUUUCACUCAUGACUCGCUUCGAUUACGGAGGCAACCAAUCCGACCUUGAUGAAUGCAUUGCGUUACACAGACAAACACUGGAGCUUCGACCUUCCCCUCAUCCAGACAGGUCUUCGACUCUAACUCACUUAACAAAUGCACUUUUGGCUCGUUUUGAAGAGGAAGGAAAAUGGUCUGAUAUCGAGGAAUCCAUUAUUCUGAGCAAGCAAGCUCUGGAGGUUGGACCAAUGUCCCAUCCAGACCGGCCAUGGUUGUUAAACAACCUGGCUAACGCGUUUUCCGCUCGUUUCAGAAAUGGAGGCCAGCAAUCCGACAUUGAAGAAUCCAUAGCGUCACUCAGGCAAGCUCUGGCGCUCCAACCUCGAUUUCAUCCAGACCGACCUGUGUCGCUAUGCAACCUUGCUAAUGCACUAUCCGUUCGCUUUGAACAUGGAGACAAACAAUCUGACCUCCAGGAAUCCAUUGCUUUGCUCAGGCAAGCACUGGAGCUUCAACCUCCGCAUCACACAGACCGGCCGUUGUUAGUAAGCAACUUGGCCGACUCACUCUCUGUUCGUUUUGAAAAUGGAGGCGAUGAAUCUGACAUUGAAGAAUCCAUUGCUUUGCUCAGGCAAGCACUGGAGCUUCAACCCCUGUCUCGUCCAAACCGGUCUUUGUUGCUAAGCAGCCUGGCCAACUCACUCUCUGUUCGUUUUGACAAUGGAGGCGAUGAAUCUGACAUUGAAGAAUCCAUUGCUUUGGUAAGGCAAGCACUGGAGCUUCAACCUCUGUCUCAUCCAAACCGGCCUCCGUUACUAAGCAGACUGGCCAAUACACUCGCCGCACGCUUUGAAAAUGGAGGCGAUGAAUCUGAUAUUCAAGAAUCCAUUGCUUUGCACAGGCAAGCCCUGGAGCUACAACCUCCCCUUCAUCUGGACCGGCCUUCGUCGCUGAAUGACCUGGCUUAUGCAUUGUUCACUCGCUUCGAAAAUGGAGGACAAAAAUCUGACAUCGACGAAUCAAUUUCUAUCAGCCGAAACGUACUGGAGCUUCAAUCUUCAAGCCAUCCGAAUCGACACUACACAGUCGACGCUUUGGCAUAUUUUCUCAUUCACCGAUUCGAACAAUAUAAUGACCAGAAUGAUAUCCAGGAGUCUGUCCUUCUACUUACUGAAGCGUUAGAUCUUCAAAUCCCCAACCAUUCUGCCUGGGCGGGGAUACUUACUUGUCUGGCGCAUGCUCUGCAAUGUCGUUUUGAACGCGUAGGUGGCGAGCAAGCCGAUAUUGACCAAUCAAUCAUCCUUCACGAGCAAGCUGUUGAGCUUAAAUCUCCCAAUAAAUCCUCAAGAAACCAAAGUUUUGCAAAUGCGCUACGUAUUCGAUUUGAGCAUGGAGGCGAGCCUAGUGACAUUGACAAAUCUAUCCGUCUCUUCAAAGAAGCCUUAGAAUCUAAACCUGCACCUCAUCGUCGUCGACCUGGGAUUCUCGACGAAUUGGCCAAAGCAUUUGAAGCCAGGUACAAAAAAGACGGCCAACAAAGCGAUCUUGACGAGGCAAAGGCUCUUCGCGAGGAAGCUCAAACGCUUCGGGAUUCUUACCGUUAA